AUGAAUGGGGACUUGAGUCUCUCUCGAGCCCUCGGCGGAUUACGAAUCGCUAACCCUGACGACGCUGCCGACGCUGCGCUCAACAACCUUACUCCUGUCACUGACGAAUCGGCCAGAGUUGACCCCAACUUCAAUCCGACUCAUCACCCCGACACCCACGGGGAACCUGCCUCGCUGGAAGGGGGCAAUGGCUUGAUAAACAAGCGACUUCAUUCCGCCGAUGCGGCAAACCCGGGCUUUACAGUUACAGUGCACCAGCAGCAGGUGCCUGCUCCGAUCCCAGCGCGAGAUGAUUCUUUGGCCAACUACCAGCUCGUUCAUCCGGGAGAACAGACCGAGCCGGCUCAGUACGAGUACGACGGCGGCAUUCCGUUUUCGAAAGGCUCGGCAAGUGCGCCUGCUUGCUAUGCUGCCCCCUCGGGGAGCGGUAUCGCGUCCAGUGCAACAACAACAAGCUCGAUGCCGCCACAGCUGUCCAGCGAGGACUGGAAAGAUCGAGGAGCCGCCGUGGGGCUCCGUCGCGAAGUUGAUCGAUCAGGCCGUUUUGUCGUUCGGCAAAUCAAGAAAGGCGUCCGUGAUUUUUCGUUUGGCCGCGUUUUAGGCGAAGGCUCGUACAGCACGGUAUAUCUGGCCACCGACAGGCAGACCUUGAAGGAAUACGCCAUCAAAGUGCUCGAAAAGAGACACAUCAUCAAAGAAAAGAAGAUCAAAUACGUCAAUAUUGAAAAGAAUACGCUUAAUCGCCUCACAGAGCAUCCGGGCAUCGUUCGCCUCUACUACACGUUCCAAGACGAGACGUCGCUGUACUACGUGCUCGAUCUCUGCAAUGGUGGCGAGCUGCUCGGCGUCUUGAAAAAAACGGGCACGUUUGACCUGGAAUGUGCCAGGUUCUACGGAGCUCAGAUCCUCGAUGCUAUUGAUUAUAUGCACUCUCGUGGUGUAAUACACCGUGACCUCAAGCCGGAAAACGUGCUGUUGGACGACCAGAUGCACGUCAAGAUUACAGACUUUGGCACCGCCAAACUUUUACAAGACCCGCGCGAGCCUCAAAACCCCAACUCUCUGGGUCGAGGCGGCCACCCUCCUGGCCCGUUGCCGCGAGAAACUGACAAUGACGGGCGCGCCGCUUCCUUUGUCGGCACCGCCGAGUAUGUCAGCCCCGAGCUCCUGACUCACAAAAUGGCCGGCAAGGCUAGCGACCUGUGGGCCUUUGGCUGCAUAAUGUACCAGCUGCUUGCUGGACGGCCACCCUUCAAGGCCGGCAGUGAGUAUCUCACUUUUCAGAAGAUUGUGGGUCUUGAAUACGAUUUCCCGCCCGGCUUUCCCCCGUCUGCCCGGGACCUUGUGGAAAGGUGUUUGGUGCUAGAGCCUGCGAGGAGGUUGACCAUAGAUCACAUCAAAAACCAUGAGUUCUUUGACGGGCAGCUGUUCGGAAAGGGCCUUUGGCGAGUAAAGGCACCUCGACUGAGACCAUACAUGCCCCCCCCACAGGAGCCCACCAUCAUACAACUAAACGGCGGCGUAGCCUCACCAGCUGGGCCCUCAAACAGCAAGUCCAACCUGCUCAGAUCGAUGGCUCAACCCCAGCGCAGCGGUUCAGCGUCUGGUAACCGGCCUGCCAGAAUCAUUACCGAACUCCCACCUCCUACGCAACUAGACAUCGAAUGGUCCCCGGUACUGAACAGAAGCAACGAGCGCAUCUUAAAACUCGGGGAUCUCAUGGUUGUCUCGAGCCCUCUGGUGAACAACCUUAAUAGGAAAGGAUCCGACGAGGGACACAAGAAGCUGUCGCGUUUUUUUGGUGGCAGCACAACCAAGAAGAGGCAGCGGCUCGUCAUGGUAACCUCAAGCGGGCGUAUUGUGCUCGCUCCUGCCGGAGGAGAGGAGAAAAGGGCAAAACAGGAGAUAUCGCUGCUGUCGCCAGAGGCAUCGUGGAGAACUCAGCGUGACGCGAAAGGACAACUUGUCUGGUGUGUCGAUGCCUGCGGCUAUCGUUACACGUUUGAAGAGACCAAGUCGUCGCCAAACGCUGACGAGGGGAGACCCUCUGCAGAGGAAUGGGUCGAAUGCCUGGAAUUGGCCAAGGACAUGGCGCUAUCUCAAACCACAAAUGCGCAUGGUGAUGAUGCGCCUUUUGGCGAGAUUUCCUCGACAGUAUCGAGCCCGGCAAGCACACUCGGCAGCAGGGCUCAGUAUCCUCCCGAUGGUUACGGUGCCAACGAUCGAAGUGGACGGGGCCGUCACGAGGAAGCCACUUCGAAAAGAAACAGAUUCAGCAAAAGACAGUCCCGGAACGGUCUCGGACCCGCAUUUUAA